GAGGAGGCGACGACGGUCUUUGGAUGUUGAUUUUAGACCAGAAGAAAAAAGUUUGUCACUUCAGAGCAGAAAAGAUGAUGAGGAGAAGCAAAGAAACAGGAGGAGGAAGACAAUGAUGGAAUAGGAGGAGACCAGGAGGAGAUCAGGAGGACCAGGAGGACGAGGAGGAGAUCAGGAGGAUGUCUGAGGAGCGAGGAUGUUGUACAGAUUGUAAAAUCUGUGAUUGUAAACUGGAGAAAUAAAACUUUCUCAAAACGGAGAAAAUAAAGUGAAACAAGAGCAAACGUAAUGUGGAGAAUCUGUGAGUCUGAAUCUUUCACGUUUUCUACUGUUGACUUCUUUUUUCUUUCUUUGAUUCAGUUUCAUGUUGACUUUCACAGCUGUUGAGUGAGUUGGAGCCGGUUGGUCUUUUGUUUUAUAGAAAUUAUCAAAUAUGAUAGUAUUAUAUUAUGCAUUAUGUUUCUAAAGUUAGAUCAGGUGUUUUUUGCAUUAUCACUCAGUCUUUAUAACCACGGUGGUUCCUCCUCUCUUCAUGUAUAAUAAUGAUAGUUAAAGCUGCAAGCAGUGAUGAACAUGGUAACAGUGAAGCUGUUUAUGUAGGUGGUGAAUAUCGUCUUUGUGUUGGUCCUCGUCUCUGGGCGUCAUGGUAAAUCCUGACAAACUACACCUAUUUAAACAACAAGUAUUGAUAUUUACACAAUCACUCUGAUAAGUUAAGAGUUUCCAUUGUGGCAGCUUUUGAUUUUAGAAAGAUAAGAGGAAGUGCAUUUGUUUGGGGCUAUUUCCAGUGGAGGAUUAAUCCACUUUUGGUGCUCUAGUAUUAAAAGAAACUACAUUUCCCUGUUUGUAGUUUACUGUCAGCAGAAGAAAACAACACCCAUCAGACGUCAUGUGAUGAGUGAAGAGAAACAAUGUUAAAUGAAACCCAGCAGCUGUGUUCGGCUGUGUUCGGGGCCUCCGUCAUGGACGACGUGACACCUGGAAGCCCUCAAGGUGAGAUGCACCUGAAGGACUACAACUAUCUGGCCCUAGUCCUCGGUGUCCCCCUAAUCCUGGUCAUCAUCCUGGGGAACGUCCUGGUGUGUCUGAGCGUGCUCACCGAGCGCUCUUUGAAAACCGCCACCAACUACUUCAUCGUCAGCCUGGCGGUGGCCGACCUUCUGCUGGCCGUGCUGGUGCUGCCGCUCUACGUCUACUCUGAGUUUCUGGGUGUCUGGACGUUGAGCACCUUUAUUUGUGAUGCUCUGAUGACCAUGGACGUGAUGCUGUGCACCGCCUCCAUCCUCAACCUGUGUGCCAUCAGUGUGGACAGGUACAUAGCGGUGGUGGUCCCUCUGAGGUACAACAGGAACCAGUUCAGCGUCCGUCAGCUGGCCCUCAUCACCGCUACCUGGGUGCUGUCUCUGGGCGUGGCCAGUCCGGUCCUCUUCGGUCUGAACCAGGUGCCGGGUCGCGAUCCGAGCGUAUGCAGACUGGAGGACGACUGGUUCGUGGUGUACUCGUCCGUGUGCUCUUUCUUCGUGCCGUGUCCCGUGAUGCUCUUCUUGUAUUAUUGGAUUUUUCGAGGCCUGCGGCGAUGGAGCAGUCGGCACCGGUCAGCCGGUGGUCGAGCCGGUCGUCGAGCCCUCUCUUUGCAUCUCAGCUCGGCUUUGAUGAGGCGGGCGAAGGGUCAAGGGAAGGCCACGUACGGCGAGCCGGCCGGGCUAAGCCCCGCCUCUCCGUCCGCUGUCUCCGUGACAACGCCCUCUGCAACCCCGGAGGGCGCGGGGGUCGCCGUGGAGAGCGACCCGAUGACGACGCAGAUAGACACCGACGUCAGCCCAAUGAAGACGAACGCUGCAGAGAGAGGAAGAAGAAGAAGAAACAGCAAGAGCAGCAGAGUCAGCGGCAGAGAACGGAAGGCCAUGAAGGUUCUUCCUGUCGUCGUCGUAACAGAGCGAAGCUGUGAUCCUCGCAGUAAAAAUAGACACUGCUUCUACCUAUCUCCGUGGAAACCGUCUCAGGAGCAGCUUUACACCAGAGACACAUUUACUCACAACACUCACCGAGCAGAGAGCGCCUGCACCACGGCUCUUCAUCAUUCUCCUGUUGAUGGUGUUUUUCUGGCCUGUUGGACACCUUUCUUCGUCGUACAUGUCACCAACGUGUUGUGCCAGUCGUGUGGCAUCGGACCCACCCUCAUCUCCAUGGUAACGUGGCUCGGCUACGUCAACAGCGCCGUCAACCCGAUCAUCUACACCGCCUUCAACGCCGAGUUCAGGAACGUCUUCCACAAGCUGCUCUGCUGUCGGACAUAAAACUGCUCUAAGCAAAGCGUCUCCACAUGAGACUCUUUAUGUACAAAUAAACAUGAAGAGCAUCUCAAUCUGCAGACCAAUUGUUGUUAUUAUUUGGUCUCCAGUGGCAAAUGUACUUUGAUGAAUGUUUUCUACAUUUCAUCCUGUAAAGUGUUGCCAACAGGAAGAAGGUUUCUGACCAAUGCCUUAGUUUAGAUCUCAGCUGGACUGAAACACUUUGACUUUCUCUUAUUUUGUAUGUCACUCUCUUAUUUUGAAGGAGUUCUUCUUGAGUCUGACUGUAUUGAAGUUUUACUCAUUAAAGCAGAGGCAUGAAACAUGUGAACAAGUGUUGACU